AUGAAAUUCUUCCCAAAAAAAUAAAUAAAAUGAAAUUCUUCCAUUCAUAAAACCACGGUGUCAACCUAAUAUGUCAAUUGAUCCUUCUUCCCAUUAAAACAAAUGAUAUUCUAUUACCUGUAAAUUACUCGAUCGAGCUCUUAUAAAAACCCUAGAAAUUUAUGAAUCCAAUUCAAUUCAUUUCCACGGAAACUGAAAGUGACAAACAAAUUAUAGGUUAAGAAAAUCAUCAUUACUACUUCCCCUCCCUCCAUCACCAGCAUCAGAAAAAAAAAAGCAAAAUCAAAACAGUAGAAUGGCAGAAAAACAGUUGAUAAUCGCCAUUGAAGGAACUGCAGCUAUGGGUCCAUACUGGAAUACUAUUGUUACUGAGUACCUAGAAAAAAUUAUCAGGUGCUUUUGUGGGAAUGACAUGUCAGGACAGAAGCUUUCUGCCGCAAAUACUGAGCUCUCCUUGGUCGUUUUUACUGUUCACGGAUCUUAUUGUGGUUGCUUGGUGCAAAGAAGUGGCUGGACGAGAGAUGCAGAUGUCUUCUUGCACUGGCUCUCUGCAGUACCCUUUAGCGGUGGUGGUUUUAUUGAUGCUGCGGUUGGGGAAGGGCUUGCCGAAGCACUAAUGAUGUUCGCGUUGCCUCCGAAUUCAAGCCAAAGCGUAGAAAUGAACAAGCAUUGCAUUCUUGUGGCUGCCAGCAACCCUUACUCCUUGCCCACCCCAGUGUACCGCCCACAGAUCCCAAAUCUUGAUCAGAGUGAAAACAAAGAAGUGACACCGGAAAGUUGUCUCGCAGAUGCUGAAACAGUUGCAAAAUCAUUUGCUCAGUGCUCAGUUUCUUUGUCAGUGAUUUCUCCAAGGCAGCUCCCAAAACUCAGAGGAAUAUAUAAUGCGGGCAAGCGAAACCCACGAGCAGCAGAGCCAGUUAUCGAUGUUAAGAACUCUUAUUAUCUUGUUCUUCUCUCUGAACAUUUCAUGGAGGCUCGUGCAGCCCUAAGCCGCUCUGGAAUAACAAACAUGCCCUCAAAUCAAGGUCCUCUAAAGAUGGACACAUCCUCGGUUCCCUCUGUUUCAGGGCCUCUUCCUACUUCAAUCCCUCCAGUAAAUGGGUCAAUGAUGAGUCGCCAAUCAAUUCCUGUUGGAAGUACCGUGCCGGCAACAGUAAAAGUGGAGCCAAACACGAUACCUUCAUCAGCUUUUCCCCAUCCCCCCUCUGUUCCUUAUGGUCCUUCUCAGGGCAUCACAAGCUUGCAGUCUUCUCCACCAUCGUCCACUUCUCAAGAGAUCACAAACAAUGAUAAUGUUCAGGAAUUUAAGCCUAUGGUUGGUGGCCUAUCCCAACCAUUGCGUCCAACAGGCCCUGCUGCAGCAAAUGUGAACAUUUUGAACAACCUCUCUCAAGUACGGCAGGCUAUGAACUCUGCAAAUUCUAUGGGUCUUCAAACGAUGGGUGCAACUCCAAUGGCCAUGCAUAUGUCAAACAUGAUAUCUAGUGGAAUGGCAUCAACUGCUUUGUCUCCUGCACAAAAUGUAUUCUCACCUGGUCAGUCUGGUAGUAACACUGCAUUGUCUGGAUCUGGGUCAUUGGUUGGCAACACACAGAUCGCACAAAACACAACGCUAGGUGGAUUCUCCUCAGCUACGUCUAAUAUGUCUGUAAACCCAAACCAUGGGAUGUCACAGCCAAUGGCCAAUCUUCAAGGACCUGUUAGUUUGGGACAGUCAGCAGCUGGUAUUAACCAAGGAAGUCUUACAGGGGGACAGAUAGGUCAAGCCGGAAUUGGUAUGAACCAGAACAUUAUGAGUAAUGGACUAGGUCAACCAGGUGUUUCUGCUGGGAGUGGGACAAUGAUUCCCACUCCUGGAGUACCUCAGCAAGUACAAGCAGGAAUCCAGCCUCUCAGUGUAGCUAACACUUCCACUGCAAACAUGCCAGCACAACAGACAUCUGGAGCUAUGCAGUCAGCACCUGGGCCUGAUAAAUAUGUGAAAGUCUGGGAAGGAGCCCUAUCUGGACAGAGACAAGGACAACCUGUGUUUAUCACCAAACUCGAAGGAUACAGGAGUGCAUCCGCAUCAGAGACGCUUGCAGCGGACUGGCCAAUGAUGAUGCAAAUAGUUCGGCUUAUUUCUCAGGAUCACAUGCAUAACAAGCAGUAUGUGGGCAAGGCAGAUUUUCUUGUUUUUCGGGCUUUGAAUCAACAUGGAUUUCUGGGACAGCUACAAGAAAAGAAACUCUGUGCAGUUAUCCAGCUACCCUCACAGACAUUGCUGUUGUCUGUUUCUGACAAGGCCAGCCGUUUAAUUGGAAUGCUUUUUCCCGGGGAUAUGGUUGUGUUUAAGCCACAACCACCUACCCAGCAGCAGCAGCAACAAUUGCAGCAGCAGCAGCAACAGCAACAACAACAACAUCCUCAGCUGCAGCAGCAGCAUCAGCAACAGCAACAGCAACAGCAACAGCAACAGCAGCAGCAGCAGCAGCAGCAGCAACAACAGCAACACCCGCAGCUUCAGCAGCAGCAACACCCGCAGCUUCAGCAGCAGCAACACCCGCAGCUUCAACAACAACAACCACAAGCACAACAACAACAACAACAAAUGGUUGGUGGAGGGGUUGGUCAAGGAUAUGGUCAAGGUCCAAACAGGUCACAGUUAAUGUCUCAGGGACAGGUUCCAUCCCAAGGCCCAUCUAGCAUGUCUGGUGGCGGUUUUUUAUCAUGAAAUGGUGUUCUUCACAUUGAUAAGUAUGAUCAAAGUAAGUCGGUCACAAAAGGUAUAUAGAUAAAGAUACAGACAUACAACAUGUUUGUUUUCAACUCUAUUUGGACAGUGGUCACUGCAUAGUGAUCUACCACUACUUGUUGAAAGUGCCACAAUCUUAUUGCCUCUUGAAUGGAUGUUUGUUCCUACUACUCUCUAGUGGUUUCAAGUUUUUGUUUAUGUAAUUAUCACGUGACAGUAUGACCCUCUUAAAAUUGAAAAAUUCCAUCA